ACUGUAGUGCGCAUGCACGCUAUAACGCCGCCUAAUUGAAUCCUAAUCCACCUGAGACUAGCUUUCCUGGUGCCUGGAGCUGGCUAUGCGGAGCAGCUGGAAUGUCGACUCUGCCGCGGAUGUACCAGCGUGAUUUGAAGAGAAGAAGGACUUCGGGGCAUGUAUCGUGGGAUACUUGCCCACCUGGGCAGUUUGGUUUACAGUCUAUAACAAGCGCAAGGUCUGGAUGGCCCAAUAUUACGAUAACACGCAUCAAUCUCAUCAAUUUUUGGUCUUCCAUCAUUGCUGGCGCCAGUCUGGGUUAUCAAGACCCGGCUCAUGUCACAGAGAUGAUGCACAUUAUAUGUAUCCGAAGCCUAGAAACACUUUGACUGCCAGACCGAUACUGAACCAUCCCUCGCACUGCCGAUCUACUCUUGAUGCUGCCAAAAAGAUGUACACGUCUGAAGGAGUAGCAUCGUUCUACUCUGGUUCACGGAAUGGAACUUAUCUUUUGUCAGAAUACGCAUUCCGCCCGGCCCGUUUUUUCUUGUUCCAGACAUUGCACCAGGAUAGCAAUGAAGAGUAUCGAAAUACAUAGGAACAUGCAGAUGUAGGAAACUCGGAAAGGAGGAAGGCGGUGUAGCAUUACCUGUACGUACAUAGCAUGGGAGUUUU